AUGUCGCGUGCGGACGCAGAGCUGCUGCUGCUGCUUUGCAGCGCUUUGAUUCCCAGAGGUGCUGCUGCUGCUUCUGGACCCAUUUCAGGUUCGGACCCUGAACGCGGCAGGAUGGAGCUGCAGCGGGUACAGAACCUCGCUGCGCAGCCGCGCUACGGAGGGUGCUGGGCACGCGCUUUGGAGCACCUGGACAUGCGCUGCAAGGACAUGACGUCAGAGAGCCAAAGCCGUGUGGCUCUGCUGUUCACCCACUGUCACCUGAGCAGCUCAGGCAGGGAUUUCCCAUCAUGCCCUGAGGGCUCGGAGGUCAGCAGGUGCACGGCUGGGAUGGACGCUGUGGCGUUUAACACCUACACCGAGUUCUUCACUCACACGCACUCUAUCUGCCACUUCCUGCAGUCUGAGGCCUGGCAGAGCCGAGCGGAGAACACCAUGUACAGGCUGACUGAGACCUCAGCAGGCGUCGCUGAGCAGCUUCAGUCCACCAAGCAGAUGGCUAAGGACCUGAUGGAAGCCCAGACUUUGGCCUUACAGGCACAGAAAGAAAUCCUGACCAACGGAGAGCAGCUCAAAGUCACCCUCCGAGACUCUACAGAGGGUCUGCAGUCGGUGUUCUCAGACCUCAGCAGUGUCUCCAGGGAGCAGCAGGUGGCGCUGUCAGAGCUCUUCAACAGAAUCUCCUUCAUGCAGAGUUUCCUUCUCAUGGAGGCUCACAGUCUGAGCUCCUGCUGCUACAACGCUGCUGCUCUCUGUACCUCCUACCUCAUCACCUCCACCCCGCGCUCCUCCAGAGCCAGGUAG